AGAGUAGCAGAUCGACUAUAUGGUGUGUAUAAAGUACAUGGGAAUUACGGGCGAGUUUUCAGUGAGUGGAGUGCCAUAGAAAAAGAAAUGGGUGAUGGACUGCAGAGUGCUGGUCAUCAUAUGGAUGUAUAUGCAUCUUCUAUUGAUGAUAUUUUGGAAGAUGAAGAACAUUAUGCGGAUCAGUUAAAGGAGUAUCUUUUUUAUGCAGAAGCAUUGCGGGCUGUGUGCAGGAAACAUGAACUUAUGCAGUAUGACUUAGAGAUGGCUGCUCAGGACCUAGCAUCCAAGAAGCAGCAGUGUGAGGAACUGGCAACUGGGGGUGAGCUAUUUUCCAUUUGGGUCUGUGGUAUUAUUAUAACGAACCUUAAAACAUUUUCUUUGAAGGGAGUGACUACCCAGCUCUUCGGUCAAGAAACUCCAGAGCAGAGAGAAGCCAGAAUAAAGAUGCUAGAAGAACAAAUAAAGGAAGGAGAACAACAACUUAAGUCUAAAAAUCUGGAAGGCAGAGAGUUUGUCAAAAAUGCUUGGGCUGAUAUUGAACGCUUCAAAGAACAAAAGAACCAUGAUUUAAAGGAGGCCCUCAUCAGCUACGCAGUCAUGCAGAUCAGUAUGUGCAAAAAGGGAAUUCAAGUUUGGACCAAUGCUAAGGAAUGCUUUAGCAAGAUGUAA